CAUCAGCGGCGGGCGCGUUCUUCCGUGUGCGCGAAGAAGGUCAAUCUGAGGAGGAGGAGACGCGCUGAACCGAUCCUCUCCAACGAGUCAUUGACAGCGGCCCGGUUACCGUACAGUGUCUUUAGGUUGCAGCGGGAUUUCUGAAGGUUAAUCAGGAUGAGUUCAGCCGGGCUGGAGAAGCUGCGGAUGACCGGCGCGGGAAGAGCCAUCGCCGCGUUAACGAGCGGAGGAGACGCGCAAGGUAUGAACGCAGCCAUCCGCGCUGUGACACGAAUGGGCAUCUAUGUAGGCGCCAAGGUCUAUCUGGUGUACGAGGGUUAUCAAGGGCUGGUGGAUGGAGGAGACAACAUUAAACUGGCCAACUGGCAGAGCGUCACCAAUAUAAUCCAGCUGGGAGGAACAGUGAUUGGCAGUGCCCGCUGUAAAGCAUUCACCAUGCGUGAGGGCCGGUUAGCGGCAGCAUUUAACCUGGUGAAGCGUGGCAUCUCUAACCUGUGUGUGUGUGGAGGAGACGGCAGCCUCACCGGAGCAAACAUCUUCAGGGCCGAGUGGAGCGGACUCCUGGAAGAGCUCGUCCAGAAAGGUCGUAUCACAGCAGAGACUGCGCAGAAGCACGGGCACCUGAACAUCGUGGGUCUGGUGGGCUCCAUUGAUAAUGAUUUCUGUGGCACAGACAUGACGAUCGGUGCUGAUUCUGCUCUCAACCGCAUCACUGAGAUCAUCGAUGCCAUCACCACCACUGCAACCAGCCAUCAGCGCACAUUCGUGCUGGAGGUGAUGGGCCGUCACUGCGGGUAUCUGGCACUGGUUUCAGCUCUGGCCUCUGGAGCUGAUUGGCUGUUUAUCCCAGAAGCCCCUCCUGAGGACGGAUGGGAAGAGCUCAUGUGUGCUCGCCUGGAAGAGAGCCGCAGUAAAGGAUGCAGACUGAACAUCAUCAUCAUUGCUGAAGGAGCCAUAAGCAGAAGUGGAGAAGCCAUAACCUCCAACUAUAUCAAAGACCUGGUUGUGUCGCGGCUGGGUUACGACACGCGGGUCACUGUUCUGGGUCACGUGCAGCGCGGUGGCACACCGUCUGCCUUCGACAGAGUGCUGAGCAGUAAGCUGGGUGUGGAGGCCGUUGUGGCUCUGCUGGAAGCAACUCCAGACACUCCUGCAUGUGUGAUCGGCCUGUCGGGAAACCAGGCUGUGCGGCUGCCGCUCGUGGAGGCGGUGGAGAUGACUAAAGAGGUUCAGAGAGCCAUGAAUGAGAAGCGCUUCGAAGAGGCCAUUCAGUUACGUGGCAGGAGCUUUGAGAACAACUGGAGCAUUUAUAAGCUGCUGGCAUAUCAGAAAUCUGCUGCGGUUCAGAGUGAACACUCCAUUGCCAUCCUGAAUGUUGGUGCUCCAGCGGCAGGCAUGAAUGCAGCGGUUCGCUCUGCUGUGAGAGUGGCUCUGGCCAGUGGACACCGCGUUUACAUCGUCAACGAUGGCUUUGAGGGGCUGGCCAAAGGAGCGGUGAAUGAAGUGUCCUGGAAUCAGGUGGCCGGUUGGACAGGUCUGGGUGGCUCUUUGCUGGGAACUAAACGAACCCUCCCCAGCACCUGCAUGGACAAACUGGUGGAAAACCUCAACAAGUUCAGCAUCCACUCGCUGCUGGUCAUCGGUGGUUUCGAGGCGUAUGAAGGUGUUCUGGAGCUGGUGGAAGCAAGAGGUCGCUAUGAUGAACUGUGUAUUCCCAUGUGCAUCAUCCCUGCCACCAUCAGCAACAAUGUGCCAGGAACUGAGUUCAGUCUGGGCAGCGAUACUGCUGUUAAUGCAGCCAUGUCUAGCUGUGAUAAGAUCAAGCAGUCAGCCUCGGGAACCAAGAGGAGAGUGUUCGUAGUGGAGACUAUGGGUGGAUAUUGUGGUUAUCUGGCAACCACCACUAGCAUUGCUGUCGGUGCGGAUGCUGCGUACAUAUUUGAAGAUCCUUUUAACAUCCAUGACCUCACGACCAAUGUGGUGCAUUUGACAGAGAAAAUGAAGAAGGACAUUCAGAGAGGGCUGGUGCUGAGGAACGAGAAGUGUCAUGAGCACUACACCACUGAUUUCAUCCAUAAGCUUUACUCCGCCGAGGGGAAAGGUGUGUUUGACUGCAGAGUUAAUAUCCUGGGACAUCUGCAGCAGGGUGGAGUUCCUACUCCCUUUGACAGAAACUAUGGGACUAAACUGGGUGUUCGAGCUGUACAGUGGCUGACAGAGAAGAUGAACGACAGCUUCAGACAAGGUCGUGUGUUUGCGAACACUCCUGACACAGCCUGUGUGGUGGGCCUGUAUAAGAAGGCUAUGACCUUCAGUCCCGUCACUGAGCUGAAGGAACAGACCGACUUUGAACACCGAAUGCCCAAGACACAGUGGUGGCUAAAUCUGCGUCUGAUGCUGAAGAUGUUGGCAAAGUACCAGACAUCCUUCAAUGAGUAUGUGACGGGAGAGAUCGAACAUGUGACCCGGCGCUCGCUCAGCAUCGACACUGGCUUCUAAAACACACACUACUACUGCCAUCCUGAAACUAACACACACCACUGCCACUCCAGCGUUAAACGGGUAAACACCUCAUCCUUUCAUGAGUAAAGGAGGGUGAACUCCAGCUCUGUGCCUAUAACUGAUCACAUCCUCUGCAUUUGCAUCAUGUUUACACUGGUUUACAUUACUCCUGUUAUUAUCUAGAUAGCUAUGAACAAUGCUCAUAUCCUUAUAUUACUUGGUUAACAUUUAUAAUUGAGUAUUGAUUAGAAGACUGUCAGUUUAAUUUGUUAUGUUUUUGAUAAAGCCAGCACAUGAUGGUUCUGGUUUUCUAAGUACAAUCUCCCUGUUUUUAAUAAGCAGCUGUAGCAAUGGCAGCAUUAUGAUCACACUUUAAAAUAAGAUCUCAUCUAUAAACGUGAGUAAAUGCAUUAAUUGUGUUCAGAUGCUUAAUGUUUCUGAACUGACAGAGUAAUUUAACCAAAUCAAUGUACUGACAGACUUUGGCAGAACAACUAAAGUAGCAUCUGAGCUGUGCCAAAUGCUGUUUGUGCAUUAAGGAUUUUAUUAUAUAUAUUUGUUUCCAUCAUAGUUAUUCUUAUUAAUUAUCCGCCUUAAUUCAGUGCAUUUGUGUUGAUGCACAUUUUAGUGUUUAAUUCCAGCAUUUCUAAUGGAAUAUUAAAAUUAAACUGUCCAUAAAAGCUCAUCGAUAGAAACAUACAGUGUGUGUUAAGAUUAGUGAGUACUUGAGAAGUGUUGUUGGUUUUUAUUUUAUGGAUAAUGUACAUCCAGGAUGGUGUUCUCACAGAAUAAAGCCUGACAGGUUUAUCAGCAGCAUUUGUAUUUGACUGAAGGCCUUUAUUAUGCGAUAACAACCGGCUGGAUCUACAUUAUGCUGAUUAUUACAUGGCUACUUGAUUUAAAAUGAGUAAUCAUGUUAUAGCUGCUUUAAUUAAACAAAGCUUGCAGAAACAAAAUGCUGAUUACACUAAUUUACUAAAACUACUUAAUAUUAAGUUGCAAGAUGGCAUUAAACAUUCACAAAACAGCAGUAUGACACAUUAACAUAUUAAUAAAUAUAAAUAUAUAAAUAUAUUUGGUCAAGAUGAUUUGUAGUACCCGGUCAACCCUCUGUUAUUAGUUUGAGAGGUUGUUAUCCGGAAAAUAACAUACCUCAGGAUGUCAUGCUGUGUAAUAACUAAUGUUAACAAAUGAAACUUUAUUGUAAACUAUCACCAGCGUUAUUUUGCUGUGCCAAAGCAAUCAUGCAAACUCCUCUAUUUUUCAUAGUGCAAUGCAACACCAGUCCGUUCCAGUGCAGACACUGUCUUUCUUUAUGAUAAUCAUAUAAACUGCUGCUAUUACUAGAGAGCUCAACAUCUUUAUAUCAUAGCAAAUAUUUAUUCCAGCAGCUGGAAUGGUUUGAUGUGAUGAAGUGCAUCACAAGCAGGUUAAAGUGGAGAUUUUGACUGAUUAAUGUUUGUACUUGUGAUUGUGAGCUUGAGUUAUGCUCAAUGUUGUGCCUAUGCAAUCUGUGAUAAGUGUGAAGCAAUAGAUGAUUCUAGUGCCGCAUGUUUUACAUCUCCAGUAUUUAACACUCUGGAAAAUAUCACUAUUGAGCUAUAGUGAAUAUCAAUGUGAGAGUCUAGUCUAAAGAAAACCGAUGCAUUAACGUAAAUAAAGCUUAUUGUGUAAUUGUUAUAUGUAUA